GUCACUGUUAGCGACUCCACGCGUCAAAAAAAAAGACAAUCACCUUUAUUUAAGGUUAUUUAAAAAAAAAGUUUGUAGAUAAAUAGUGUAAGGAGGCGGUGUGAGGGAUGUUUUAUAUUUUAAUUUAUUGGCUCUGACAGACCGAGACAGCGAAAAGUUUGUAGCAUGUCAGUGUGAGUGACAGCUGGGGAUAACAGCCCGUUUUGUGAUUUCUUUUUAUUGUGCAUGCUCUUAUUCAGCUGGACGCACGAGCGGAGCCGUAUGACUUUACGCACAGACCGGGAGCGGGGCUGCAAAUGGGCGGCAUAGGUGGCAACCUCUACCUCAGCAUGUUGAAUGGGACUGAAACGCAAACUUUCGGAAAGAGCGCCGACAUCAGCAGUCACCUCCACCGCGGCGGCAAGGAUUUAGCCGAGUUUAAAAUGGGGAUUCAGGACGCGAGGUUUUACUACCCGGACUCUGUUCCGAGCGGGCAGGACGCGCUGGCUCUGCCGUACCACUCCGACCAGGCGGUGGGAGGGUACGGAGCGCAGCCCGGCAGGUUUUACGCACAGAGCCUGAGCAGCUGCCCGUACGGCAGUGUGCGGUCGCCGCCAAGAAGCGGAGCCGGGCAGGGGUACAUCUCGACGGCGGGAGACGGGUUUCCAGCAGGCGGUAAAGACUUGUACUCUCCUUCUCCGGAGAAUUACCCCGCGAGCUUUCAGCACGGCUACCAGCGGCCGCCUCUCUACCCUUUACCUGGGCUACAGGUGUGUGGGAAGACGCAGGCUCUGCUCAAUAACUACCCGCUAUGGGCCAAGUUCCACAAGUUCCAAACCGAGAUGAUUAUCACCAAACAGGGGAGGAGGAUGUUCCCCUUCCUGAGCUUCAACAUCAGCGUCCUGGAUCCGUCUGCUCACUAUAACGUCUACGUGGACGUGGUUCUGGCUGAUCAGCACCACUGGAGAUACCAGGGCGGCAAAUGGGUCCAGUGUGGGAAAGCAGAAGGCAACAUGCCAGGGAACAGGAUGUACAUGCACCCCGACUCUCCAAACACAGGAGCGCACUGGAUGAGACAGGAAGUGUCUUUCAGCAAACUCAAGCUCACCAACAACAAGGGCAGCACCAAUAAUGUGGCACAGAUGAUCGUGCUCCAGUCGCUCCACAAGUACCAGCCUCGUCUUCACAUCGUGGAGGUGAAGGAGGACGGCUCUGAGGAUCCCUUCCUCUCCUCCAAGGCUCAGACUUUCAUCUUCCCAGAGACUCAGUUCAUCGCCGUCACUGCGUAUCAAAACGCAGAUAUCACUCAGCUGAAAAUAGACCAUAACCCCUUCGCUAAAGGUUUCCGUGACAAUUACGACACGCUGUACGCUCCUCCCGACUCUGAUCGCCUCACCCCCUCCCCAACAGAGAGCCAGCAGCUGCUGACGGGGAGCUGCUACCCCCAGGGCUACCUCUCUGAGCCGUACAUGAGCCCCCUGCCCCAGAGCCGCUUCUACGGCGUGAGCCAGCAGCACAAAGACCCCUCCUCGAGUCCCGGUCCUCACAGCCGCUGGUACCUGCCGCCUCAGCAGGGUGUGGCCCCCAAUCGGCUUGACUUCACUUCCUCCUAUGAGGGGGACUUCUCCGGAAACGGUUUUUACAAGCCUUUCCCCUUGCAGACAUCCACUCACCAUCCCCUUAGCUACUACCCCGAACAUCCUUUUGCGUCUACGAGCGUGUCUGUAUCAGGGGCCACCUCGGCGGGCUGGACCACCAGCCGGCCCACCCCUCAGUACCUCAGCCACCCGAGCAAGCCAAGCCCCAGUCUGGGCUGGUUUCGACCCAUAUCGUCCUCCUCGUCCUCCUCAUCUUCUUCCACGUCACCUGGCAACCCCAGGCUGCACCCGCCCUCGCUCCUGGAGCCUCUGCAGCCGCCCCUGCUGCAGGACAAACCCAAAGACACUGAGGUGGUGGGAGAGGACCCCUGGCUCGAAACUCCCUCUGUGAAAUCAGCGACCUCGGCCGACUCGGGCCUGUUUGAGGUGGGGGACAACAAGAAGAGGAGGGUGUCGCCGUACACGUCCAGCACUGAAAACUCCCCACCUCCGCGCAGUGGCGAGGUCUGCGAGAAGGACAGCGAUGCAGACUACUAUGGCUAUUACACCCACUGAAGACCUCACACGUCACCACAGUCUCCCAACGUCCUGCCCGCAUGGACCGGCCCGUCCAGCCACACUGUGAAAUCUGACAAGCUGAUCAUACUUAAAAUAAUCUAGGAAACCUUGUCAAAGGAAAGUAACUAUAGCUGUAAUAAUACUUUAUAUCUAAUUGUUAAGUUUAAUCAAAAUUUAGCUGUAUUUACUUUCAGCUAAAUAAAGUUGUGAUAACUUCACAAAAUUAAGUAAAUAUA